GGGGUUAACCGGGUGGGGCGGUGCCGCCGCCAGCGGGAGGUGGCUCGGCCGAGUGCCCCGCACCUCUCCCGGCGGCAGCGAGCGGCUCUCCUCGUUUCCCAGCGGCGGCUCCCGCCGCCCCCGGUAUAACCACACAUGGCUCCUGGUGCCUCAAAUAAGAAGAAAACUGAUGAUGAACAGGCUUCAAAAGAGAAUUUUAUCCAUCUGUGCAACCCUCACCUGGAGAAAAUGAAAGAAGACAUCCUGUACCAUUUUGCUCUUGGGACUGGUACCCAUGAUUUUCCGGCACUGUUUGGAGAUGUAAAGUUUGUGUGUGUUGGAGGAAGCCCUUCACGGAUGAAAGCUUUUAUCGCCUACAUAGCGGAGGAACUGGGGCUUGGAAGCACCGGUUUUGACUACCCCAACAUCUGCGCAGGCACUGACCGCUACGCCAUGUACAAAGUGGGACCUGUUCUGUCUGUCAGUCAUGGUAUGGGCAUUCCUUCUAUUUCAAUCAUGUUGCAUGAGCUGAUCAAAUUGUUGUAUCAUGCCAAGUGUUCCAACAUAACCAUCAUUCGCAUUGGCACCUCUGGUGGAAUAGGUCUGGAGCCAGGCUCAGUGGUUAUAACUAGGCAGUCUGUAGAUGCCACCUUCAAACCUCAGUUGGAACAGGUUGUUCUGGGAAAGACAGUAAUUCGCAGUACUAACCUAGAUGAACAGCUGGCUAAGGAGCUGAUGCAGUGCAGUAAAGAAAUCGGUCAGUUCAACACAGUCAUUGGGAACACCAUGUGCACUUUGGAUUUCUAUGAAGGACAGGGCAGGUUGGAUGGUGCAAUCUGCUUAUAUGACGAAGAAGAAAAACUCCAAUAUUUGAAGAAAGCUUAUGAUUCUGGCGUCAGAAACAUUGAGAUGGAAUCUUCCGUAUUUGCUGCAAUGUGUAAUCUCAGCGGUGUCAAAGCUGCUGUAGUGUGUGUCACUCUUCUGAAUCGGCUCGAAGGAGAUCAAAUCAGCAGCUCACAUGAUGUCCUUGUGGAGUAUCAGCAGAGGCCGCAGAAGUUAGUGGGAUAUUUCAUUAAGAAAUGUCUUGGGAAAGCAUGAAAUAUCCAUCUUUGUUUUCAAGAAGGAGAGGGCCUUUUUACAGAUGAACUCACGGUUACAACUUCUGUGCAUUACGAGUCUUUUGCCUCAGGAUAACUUACAGCA